UCGAGCUUUGAUCGCCAAUGUGAGUGGGUUGCGCUCGUGCGUUUUUGCCGUUCGUGAACGCGUGUUCAAUAUUUUGUCAUAAAAUUCACGUGCUUUAAACAAUUUUUUGAACAGUGCCGUAUAAAAACGUUUAUAGUUAUAGAUUGAUGUGUAAAUAACAGUAACUGUGAUAUAAAUAAAGUAAUAUUAGUUUAUUUUAGUGAUAUUUUUAGUUUGUAGUCCAUUUUGGUGAUGACUUGAGCAGUGUCUUUUGGAAUGGUUUUAGCCUGUUAACGAUAGUCGUUAUGGUGACUGUAUAGUGUUUAUUAGUAACAAUAAGAAGUAAUUGAGUCGGCAAUGGCGGUAGUCAAUGUUUGCGUGUGUUUACUGUUGGUUUUGUACCAGUUGUCAGCGGCAUCCAGCGAGGCCUCAUCGGAAUCCACGGACCUUGGAUUGACAGAUUCAAACGACGGUGACGCGGGAGUGAGAUGUUACUGCAACACUGCGCAAUGCGUGGGCACAGGCUACAUGUGUCGGUCUGCGCGCAGCGGGGGUUGUUAUAGCGAGCUGCCCAGGCGCACGCACCACGCGAGGCACGGAUGCCUCCAGCAUUUGGCUGAUACGGAAGAAGAAGCGUUAUCCCGCUGCCAGAACUCCCCAGGGUCCGGAGGUCCACCACCGUCAUCAGAGCACUCGCUCCUGCUGUGCUGUUUCACUGACCUCUGCAACCACGAGGACAGCCCCAUAGCCAGAGCGAGGCUUAACCUUACUAGUAAUGAAUUUGAAGGUCAAACAGUGGCCAGUGAGCGCGGAGCCAACUACAACGGCGAGGUGUGGUUCAAAGCAGCCACCAUUGCUGUACCAGUGUGCGGGGCGCUUAUACUGUUCCUGCUGGUAGCAGUGGCUGUCAGACUGCUGAAGGCAGACGCGCUGUUACAUGCUGAUAGGAAACUUAGGGGCGGCUACAUGUCACCGCUUGCUCAAAACACAUCAGAUGACGUCAAAAAGGUGUGGGUUGGGACGCCAUCGGCACCCCUGCUCGUCGCCCCCGGCGGCUGCCUGGUCGCUGUCGAGAGGGCCCAACUAGUAGACAGUCAGACUAUCUGUGAUAUACAACGGUAGGCGACGAAGAAGAAUCUCUAAGCGGGUUGUGCCGUGAAAUGGAAGGACUGAGUGUUGUGAAACAGGAACUAGAAACUACAAAAAAGUGACAAGAAUAAAAAUUUGUACCUUAUGAAUCCAAAUGCGUUUUUUUAAGUUUUUUUUUUUUUCAAAUGGAGUUCGCUGAUGUUUUCAUUAGUGAGGUUAAUUACGCGUGGUUAUAAUGGAAGAGCUUUUAAAAAUGGAUUUGUAUUUUUAACGGUGAACUUUGAAUGGAAAUGGACUGGAUUUUUUUUAGUCCAAUUUAUUGGUAAACAUGUAUCUUUUACUUAUUGACAGUGAAAAUCUGCGCUUUCUUCUGAUAAUUUUUAAAUUAAUAGAAACAUUGCUUUUGGUAUUUUUCUUCAUAAAUAAAAUGGACAUAUAUAUCUUCAAUUAAAGUCGCUUACCAGGUUUUCACUGUCAAUAGAACUAAGAAUUUGAAAACAGACAGACCAUUGAUACAAUUCAGAUACAUGUAAAGAAUGAUCGAAAAAUAUAUCACUGAAUAGGUUGUGCAUAAUUCCUGAAUACAAAAUAGAUUGAAAAGUAACUUGAGUGAGUGUAAAUUGGUUUGUAUGUAUGUUUAGGUAUUAAAAACGACUGAUCGCCUCAAGCCACUAUUAUUAGAAGCUUUCGUACGACUACAAAUGCUGCGUUUUGUUGCCAAAGACAAUAAUUGUGAGCGCUUGCUCGAAUUAGCUUUGAACAAUAUUUUUAGUGCUGUUUUUUCUUGUUAUUUGAUAUCUAAUGAAAUGUAACUUACGUAGAGCUGUGUAUUUUUUCUGGUUUCAAAGAUCUUUGACUUUCAAUCUCAAUAUACUGAUUUUUACAAUACUUUACUAGAAGAAUUAUUAAAAUGUAAAUGUUACUUUAAAAAUAUACUUCAUACUUGCAGCGAUUGUUGGCCAUCAAAACGCAGUAACCGUGAAAAUGUCGUAUAAAAAAGUGGUGAAACAGGCAUAUUUUUAUGAAUCUAAUUUCGUAAAAUUGAUCUCAGAUUUAUACAAUUAAAUCCCCCACUACACGGAACGACCCGCGGGUAUACCAAAUUUACCACAUUGUAUAUUUAAUUUUAUAAUAAUUAUAUUUCUUUUAAGAGCUUUGUGUUCCUCUGUAUCUUUGUAAAUGUAUCUUUUUAGUUUUAAGAAGGUAACUUUUGUAACGCAAGUUACCAAGGAGUGAAAUGAUUUACCAAAAUUACCAUUCAAGCCAUGUGUAGAAAGAUUUACCAGCUAUAAAGUCAAUUAUUUUAAAAAGCACUAAGUAUAUGAACAUCGAAUUUUUGAGGCAUUUACAUCUGUGUUCAGAAUACAAUAAACUGCCUAUUCGUGUUUUAAAAGGUCAAAUUAAAGCAUGUAAAUCUAAAUGAAUUUAAUAUAAAUAAAAAUAAAUGUGAACGGCAAUAUUAUUCACAAAAAAAAAAUAUAGACAAUUUUGUUUAGUUAUUUAUAAAUAUUAUGAAUUAUCACAUCAAUAAUUUCUGCAUGCAUUUCCUUCUAUGUAAAAUGUAAAUGAUUUGUAUUUUUGUAAUGUAAAUAUAAAGUUAAGUUUGUUACCUGUUAUAAUGUUGUUGUGGACAGUUUCUGAACGUGAAAUCAAUUUGGAGUACCUCCUAGUCUUUUUUAUCUGAUCUUAGCAUAUACUAUACUGUGUACAUUUUUAUGUAAACUCUGAAUAGAUUUCACAAGUGGUCGAUUACUGUAACGUAAUGAUAUUUUUUGGAAAAAUUAUGUUGUUUUUAUUAUUGUAUAUACAUAUUUAGAGUAUGAUUUGGGCAUAUACAUUUUGGAUUUGAUUUUAAGUUUUAUCUAACGCACACCGCAUAAUAAAUACAGGUAAUCCACGUCUCAUUUAAGUAGGUACCUUCAAAGAUCUUUAUUCCCUUGCUCAUCAAUUAUUUUAAUUAUAGCUAAGAAUAUUUUUAUAAAACUAAUAGACUUAUUUUACACUUUUAGCGUUUACAAUUUAUUAUUAUUUAUCUGCUCACAAAUAUGGAUUUCACUAUUUAUGUAAAGAAACAUAAUAUAUCAUUUUAUGUACAUCUUUCCUUACACUCCAUUUUAAAAUAGUACCUACCCGCUGCAUAAUCCACUAACCCAAUCAAUGCAAUAAACAUAAUAACUACUCUAUAUACCUACAAGUGCGUUAGAUAAAUAAAUAAAUAAUAGUUAAUACCUUCACAUUUCUUACGACCAUUAUACAGAGAUUGUCAAAUAUAAGAGAAAUAAGAGAAAGCUUCCCUAAGGUGCCUUACCUACUAUAAACUAUACAUAGGUGCAAGAAAACAAAAUACUCCAUAAUGUAAUGAAUAUAUCUGCAGUCUAUGUAAAUAUAAUGUAUGUGUAUAAAUAAAUGAAAUAAAAUGAAAUUAUUUUAUUACUGGA